UAUUUUUUAAAUUUAAAUUACUUUUAAAAUUCCUAUAUGUCAACAACAACAACUUUACGUAAUUCCCAAUUAGAAGUUUUAGUAGAUAAUAAUGAAUGGCAUAAAGUAAAUGUUUGUUUAGAAGAAACUUGUCUAGUUUUUACUCCAAUUGGGGAUGGAUUUGUUGAACAAUUUGGUCCUUUAAAUGUUCCCGGUGGACUUUCUGGGGCGGCAGCCGUUUCGGGUGUUUGGAAUGCUGAGAAACGUUUUGUUAGGAUUAUAAAACGAGAGGGAGAAGGUAUAGGAAUAAGCAUUCAAGGAGGUGCAGAGGCAGGCAGACCUAUUGUGAUAAGUAAAAUCUUUUCUGGAAUGCCUGCUGACCAAACAAAUUCUUUAUUUGUUGGGGAUGUUAUAUUAGCUGUUAAUGGGGAAUCUAUGGCUAAUACCAAACAUGAAGAGGCUGUUAGAGCAUUAAAACAAGCUGGGAAGGUUGUUAAUUUACAAGGCAAGUUUUUGGAGAUCCAAUAUCGCCGUGAUUUACAUCUUCGACGUGAAAAUAUUCUUCAUCGUUUAAGUUGGGAUGAUACCCCAACAACAGUAGCAACCACCCCUUCCCUACUUCCCUCUGAUCGUCUUUCAACAAUAAAUAUAAUUCAAGAAUCUCAUCAAAAUUCUCGAAGAAUUUUUGCUUUAAAAUUAUCUUUUGUGACGAGAACACCUUUGGUACCUAAUGAAGAGGAUUUUGAGGGAAGAAUUAUCGAAAUUAGAUCUCACAGUGCUCGACAUGUUUUGACUUUGAGAUGUGCAAAUUCAUUAGAAGCAGAUGCUUGGUUCGAAGCUAUCCAUGCUUGUGUAGAAGCUUUACUUACCCAUGCAUUGGCACAAGUUAAUUUAAUUCUCGGCCAAAAUCCUCAAGUUCGUAGAAUGGGCUGGUUGGCAGAACAAAGUCCUUCGGAUUGUGGGCGGUGGAGGGCAGUUUUUGUUGCCUUAACAGUUAAUGAUUUGUUAAUUUAUGAUUCGGUGCCAGCAAUUAAACAGGAAUGGGCUCGUCCAAUGAUCAUGCGCCCGCUUAUAGCAACAAGGGUUGUUCAAACUACUGCAAGAAGUUUCCCUGUAAUCGCUGGACUUUCGGAUGUUAUUAGUUUCACAACAAGAACUGGCACACAAGAGGGUAUUCGAACACAUUUGUUUAGAGUGGAAACACACAGGGAAUUGGCAUCUUGGGUUAAGACAAUGAUUCAAAACACAUAUGAAGCUUGUGAAACUACUCUUCAAGUAAAUGCUCCAUGUAUUUGGCAAGAAAGACGUUGUGAACUUAAUAUACAUUUGGAGAGGGGCUUGAGUCUGAAUGACUCUGCUGGUGGUCAACUUCAUUGGGAAUAUCCAUUUGAAGCAAUUAGAGUUACUGGAGAUGAUGGGAAACAAUUUUUGUGGAUAGAAUUUAUUGGGGGAGGGGGUGAACAAGAAUUAGAUUUAUUGGGUUCUCCCAAAGCAGUAGUUUUUAUUUUACACACAUUUUUAGCAACUAAAGUUUAUCAGCUUGGGUUGUACGCGUAA